UCAAAUUGUUUGGAAAUCUAUUUCCCUCUGAUGUCGAUCGGUAUAGAAAAUAGAUCUCUCGUCAUAGAGAACAUGAAUAUCGUGGAUCCAAUUGUGUCAGUUGAGUUUGAAGUUUUUGGUAAAGUGCAAGGAGUAAAUUUUCCAAAAUGUUGCAAAGAUAUGUGUGAGGAAUUAGUCAUUAGUGGCUGGAUUAAAAAUACGAAGAAAGGUACAAUCCAAGGAAAGUUACAGGGACAAAGGUCGAAGGUAGAGCAUUUGGUUAUGUGGCUAUCAAACACGGGUUCUCCUGGAUGCCAAAUAGAACGCUGCGACCUUAGCAAUUGGCAGACACUCGCCAAGCCCGAUUACAAAGGUUUUCAAAUUAGAUUUUAG